AUGCAUUCAAAUGGGUCACUGGACAAAGAAACUUACAAAUUUCUAAAUGACAAAAAACCUUCACUCAGAUGUGGGCAUUUAUACCUUUUACCGAAAACCCACAAAAUACCAGCAAACAUUUACAAUGCUCUAAUAAACGGCCAGUGCAGCAUUAGGAAAUUACCACCUGGUAGACCAAUUAUCUCGCAAUGCGAUACGCCAACGAGGAAAAUAGGACAAUAUUGCGAUUAUUUUCUUGUACCCAUUGUACAAAAACAAUCAACUUAUAUUAAAGACACUACGGACUUUAUCACCAAAAUCGAAGGCCUCACAUUGCCAACAAACGCAUUAUUAAUUACUUAUGAUGUGACGAGCAUGUACACAAACAUGGAAUUCAACGAACUUCUCUCAUCAGUAAAUGAGGCUUACACACAGGCCAAUAAAACGCAAUUAGACAUUCCAUAUCCGGACCCUGAAGAUCUAAACUUCUUACUGAAAUGCGUCUUGGAAAACAAUUACUUUGAAUUCGAUGGAAAAUAUUACAAACAAGUAAUAGGAGCAAGUAUGGGGGCAGUCCCCAGUCCAGAGAUCUGUGACAUCAGAAUGUAUCAAAUCACAAAGCAAAUAAUGGCACAAUUUCGUCAUGCCAGCAAAAUUGUCUUCCACGGCAGAUACCGUGAUGACGGUUUCAUAAUAUUCAAUGGAACGCAACCAGAGAUAGAAGAAUUCAUCAAUAUCGGCAAUCACUGGCACAAGCAUCUCAGAUUUACAUUUGAAAUUUCUCCAUCUGUUGUGAACUUCCUUGAUACUACAGUGUAUAAGGGACAGAAAUUUCAAAAUUCUAACAAACUAGAUAUCAAGUCGUUUAUCAAACCAACAAAUAACUUUCAGUUGCUACCAAGAUUCUGCCAUCAACACUUCUAUAUCCAUUGA